AUGAGUUUCCAAAGAAGUCUCUUGUUCAGAGCUGUAGUCUUAUCAUUCUUUGUUCUGUUAAUUAUUAUAAUCCGGAAUGACAUUUAUAGGCUACAAUCAAGCAAUUCUCCAUUGACAACAUACACACGAUUUUCUGAUAGUCCAUCAAGAGAGUUAUCAGAAUUUUCAUACAGUAGGGGGAGAGGAAAUGAAAGCAAUUAUGACAGCAGAGAAGAUCAAGUUGCAUAUAAAAAUAUGAUGAGAGAAAGAUAUCGAAUGAGGGAAGAAUGCAAACGUCAAUCUGGUAACGCCUCAAGGAGUUACUCCAUGCCAUAUAGAAUUACUGAGGAAGAUGUUGACAUGGAAUUAUCCAAAAAGCAAUUAAAUAAACUUAUUAAUUCCUUUGGUCCAUUAAUAGUAGAGUAUGAUAUGUACAUUACCUUCUAUCAUUAUCAUUGCUAUCUACAACAUAAUUACCGUAAAUUGUUAAUUAAGUUAGAAAAGCUGGCCGAGAAAUUAGGAAAGAGACAUUACAUACCCUCUGAAGAUUUAAAUGAGUUAUGUAUGAAGUGCAAAAAGACGAUCGGCAAAAAGAUGUUGAAUUUGAAUUAUUAUUCCUACAAAUAUUUUUUUGACUUUGCUAGAGAUUCUCCCGUUGAAGACACAGAAAGGUUUAAAAUAUUUCUGGAAGAUUUUGUUGAUGUAUGGAAACGGAAAACGCAGAAAAUUUACAAAAGCUUGAAACAAGAACUGACCAAAGAUAUAAAAAAAUAUAAAAGGCGCUCGCUUCUUAAGUGGUGGUGA